UUCACUUCCAUAGAAUAUAUUCGCUUGUUUCUUUGAGAUAUGUCUUCAGCAGUUACAAAGUUACGUUUUUUCAAAUGACAUUUUCUUUGGAUGCUCUGCAAGAUAACGUUACGUUUGUACAUGGCGUAUCUAUAACUGAAUACUAUUAAGUAAUCCUGUAUUAGAAAGGUGAAGGAUACACCUUAUUUAAUUCUUAUAUUACAAUUGUGAUAACGAUGGAUUUAUUUCGAUUACACGUGGAUUUAUUUAUAGUGCUAUUAUUUUUCCUCAUUCGGAAAGCUUCUACAGACUUUUUUCCUGAAGAUGAUGAUGACCCCUCCUACGGCCGUUGCCCUUACAUGCGAAACAGGCUUAAGAACGGAAGAGUAAAAAUCCGUUCUAGAGGCCGGAUAGCAAAGUUUCUCUGUGAUCCCGGAUAUGAACUUGCGGGAAAGAGAUUCGCCACAUGCGUCAGGGGGCAAUGGAACAAUGCAAUACCUGUCUGCGUCUCUCGAGGGUGCUACAAGCAACCAGAUAUCUCUAACGGACGAGUAACGGAAAUGUACAGAGGAGCACUUCUUGUCUAUGACUGUUUGCCUGGGUAUGUUUUGAAUGGAGUUGGGUCAGUCUAUUGUGAUGGAAGACGGUGGAGCACAGAUCCUCCAUCCUGCGUGGGUCACAGGCACUAAAAAGUACAUUCAGAAAUGACCAGCAUUGAAAGCCCUGCUGUUUAGUGAUUUAAAGCCCUGCUGUUCAUAAUUAUUAAGUUGGCGACUGAUUUCACGCUGUGCAUUAUGGCCGCUGUUAAUGGAAAAGUGUUAUCUCCUAGUAAAGAAAUUUUUAUGUAUUCACUGGGUUUACAGGCAAUAUAAACCUGAUGAAUUUAACUUCCUGAACAUCUAAGAUGACGAUGGGAAAAUGUUUUCAACCAUAUAUCCCUCAUUUAAAUAUAAAACGUGAGGUUGUUUUCAUACAAAAUUACUGUAAAAGAAUUUUCGAGUCAGUUAUGGCUUUCUAGACUUCUAGAAUACGUAGAAUGUUCGUUUUCAUUAAAGUUGUCAACCGUCAUUAAUGAAUAAUGACAAAAUAUACAUCAUCGUCGAAAAAAUCUUUUCCAGAAUUUAAAAACAAUAAUUGUACCAUAUACACUGUGUUAAAGAAGAAUAUUUAUGUAUUCGCAUUGAAAUGCAUUAAUAAAGUAGUCCAUUUAGAUGAAAACCUUG